CCUCUCACAUUCCCACAAGCGUUGAGGCGCUUUGGAAAAACUGGAUGGAGCUGCCGCUUCUCUCCGGCUCUGAAGAAUAAAAAAAAAAAAAAAAAAAAAAAAAAAAAAAACACGCUUUACUCUGCUCUUUUUUUUUUCUUUUGUUAAAAAAUGCAACAGCUUGAAGCAGAUUCCCUUGCACAGACUGAGAUUUUGGGGCUUUUUUUGAAGGUGAAAUCAAGUUUUUUUGGACACCGGGAUUGCGAGCUUUACGCAUAAAAGCCAGUGAGAAGAAGAGACAUCGCACCAAGCGGCGAUUGUAGUCGGUUUUGUUGGUGAAAUCAGGAAUAUUUGAGUCCACUGUGGAUUACAAGUAACAUGUUUAUGAGUUUACUAAACCAGGAUUGCGUGUAAGGAUUUUCUCCAGGAGUGUUUCACCGCCCUCAUUGUCCUGGGCGCACAUACUCUCCAUAUGGCAUAAAACGGGUUUGGCGCUUUUAGUCUCCAAAAUCCAGACUUUAAAGACCAUUUGUUUCCAGUUUGGUCCCAGGUUAGAACACAUGCAAUGACACUGAAUCGUCUCCAUUAAGGUUACAGUCUAAUCCCCCCAUCAAUGCCUAAUGGCACACUGACAGUGAAAACUCCGCUUUUGUAAAGGUGAAAUAUGACCGCGGCUGCAGGUGUGCUAACUGGCUUGGCAAAGCUAAAACGUCAAGACUCCUCCCGCUCUCAACAUCGUCCCAUUCCUUCCUCUCCUGGGUUGGGAGGCGCAGACCCAGAGGCUGCCCCCAGGAAGAGGAAGCGUCGGACUGAUGUGGUGGUGGUGCGUGGCAGGCUUCGGCUCUAUUCCGCCUCUGGGUUUUUCCUCCUCCUGGGACUGGUCAUUUUAGCCAUCGGGAUAGGGAUGGCGACGCUGGGUUACUGGCCGCACAGUGAAACCAUACCCUCAGCCAAAACGCCAACGAGUGUAGGAACUAAGGCAACGGCUGUAGGAGGGGCCAAAACACCUGCUACAGAUGAGGCCGCCGGAGUCAAGAUGAUAGUCUCAGAAGGAGAGGUCUCUAAUUCCAGCACAAAUCAUGGUGUGCAAGGUGCUCACUCCAAACAGACGGCCGGUAUCUUGACUCGUUUCCUGGAGCAGCAUCGUCACUCUGAGAGGAUGAAGAUGCUCGGACCCUUCACUAUGGGCAUCGGGAUUUUCAUCUUUAUCUGUGCCAAUGCCAUUCUCCAUGAAAACAGAGACAGGGAAACUAAGAUUAUCCACAUGAGAGACAUGUACUCCACCGUCAUUGACAUACAUCGCCUCAGGCAGCGAGAGCAGAAACAACAGCAGCACCGUAACAGCACCUAUGCAAGAGAGGUCGGGGCCUUUGGCGAUAGCGCACGUUUAACCGGUAACUCCCUCCUCGCCUUCUCGUCUCGGGCCGGAGGUAGCAUUGGAGCGGGUUCUGCGGAAGAAGAGGAGGUUCUCUUAGGCGAGGAGGAUUUUAACAGGCAGAGGGAGCAGGCUAAGUUGGACUGCAGCUUUGCAGGACUUCUGGCGCCGCUUUACAAGGACCGCCCCUUUUACGGCCCCGGGCUUGGGAUGGCUCACUCAGAUUCAGUUCGCCACCAGUGGUCUGUGGAUGCAGACCGGGAGAAAGACGGACACCACGCACGCUCCAUUGUGUCAUCGUCAAUCUCUGCGUUCACUCUCCCUGUUAUCAAACUAAACAACUGUGUUAUUGAUGAACCGGAGAUGGAGGCGAUCACUGAGGAGGACAGAGGAGCGGAAAGGCGAGACGGAGAGAGGUCACGACCUCUGUGCUCCAUGGAGUCUUUGGCGGUCCCUGUAGCAUCUGUUGCCAAGGCGUCCAAACCGCCAGGCUUGCACCGCAGUAACUCCGCAUCCUCUUCCUCCCACUGCUCCUCUGUCUCCUCCACCUCCCUUUCUCCUGCUCCCUCUUCUACCUCAGGCUGUUGGCUCUCCCCCGGAGCAGCAAGGAGUGAUUUUGGCUCCAACUCCUCACUGCACAUGCUCAGCAGCCACUCCAAAUCUCUGGACCUGGAGCGCAGGCCCAGCAUGCUUAGCGUGCACCCAGAACAGCGGAAGCACCCCAGCUGGCCCCGCCUCGACCGUAGCAACAGUAGCCGUAGUAACAACGGCAGCCGGGGCAGCAGUAAAGGCUACACAAGGCUGGAGGACAGGGAGGAGCAAGGGGAUAGGUUAUUGGACACCUCACCGGAUCUGACAGCGAGGCGCGACUACAGUAAACGAGAGAAGCUGCUAAUGAUUUCACGGUCGCAUAAUAAUCUGAGCUUUGAGCAUGACGAGUUUAACAGCAGCUCACUGAAGAGAGGCAGCUCUGAGACACGCUUCUGAAAAACUGAAAAUGGAAGACAGUCCUGUCCUGUUCUGUAAAUCGCUCUGCAGAAAGUUUGAGUUGGCAGCGCGGUCGUGUCAGGUGGAAACUGAUGAGUUUACGAGCUGCAACACGAGAAGUGCGAAGAGCAAAUGUGGCAUUAAAAGACGCUUUUUUGAGCAGCGUGGAAGAGGUUAAUGAGUCUUGUAAAAGGUUAAGGCCUCACUGGUCUGCUGUUCCAGGUCCAGAGGUGCAGCUCUGUAGCUGACCCUGACCUUUGACCUCAGGGGGAGAGAAGUAAAACGAGAUAUGAGAAAGGGGUUGAUGAUUAAAUAACCUUAGAGUGUCCAGCUACUCUGCACAAAGAUAGUCCUAAUAAAAGUGUAAUCACACUGAGACAGGCCUUUAGGAUAGACACUGCUGAACUGUUUUAGAAAAUUGCUUUUCUAACAGUGUUAGAAGGUUUCAAUUCAGCAGAAAUCAAGGACACACUGAAACUUCCUCAAUGCUGUAGAGAAACAAAGGCAAAUAUUUCAGAGUAAGGUCUAGGCAUACCCCGAGCAAAAGCAUCUAAAUGACAUCAGACGAAGAGGAAACGAUAUAGAUAAUAGCGGUGAUGUGGUGGUUUAUGUAUGUUUAUGUGUCUGUCUGAUCUUCAGAUUGUAGUAGAUUUAGAGAUUAAAGUCUACCACAAAAAGCAACAUCAGACAAAGUUGAUGAGAGAGUCGAUUUAAAAACCACAGCAGUAAACUUCAGGAGUAAACGUGGCCCUGAACACUCAAUAAUAACAGUCUCUGUCAAUGUAUAUGUUACAGACAUUGUCCUAGAGCAGACUUUGGAUUUUGACUUCACUCAGGAUAUGCUGUCUAUUAUUCAAACACUGAUCAUUUUCAUGGAUUUAUUUAAUAACAGAUAAACCCCAAACAAUCAAAUAUUUCAAGGCCACAUAUAUGAUCAGUUUACACACUCACAACCAGUUGUUUAUGAAUUAACUUAGGUAUAAUUUCUCUACAAAUUCCAUCAAAAACUCUCAAGAUAGCCAAUUAUUUCUCAGUUUUUACAUUUACAUUACUGUUGCCAAGCAAAUUUCUAUUGGAUUUAAUGAAUAACAGACCAUUUAUAACUGAAACUGCCAUGUCUGGCUCAGCAAAAGAGAGUGCUCCAGAGGACAUAUAUGUUCAUUUUAACAUUAUUUACCAUGUAAUGAUGAUUACAGGAUGUAAUUUGAGAAGUGUAGUUUCUAAUCUAUUCUGUAAUGUCCCAAAGAUUUUGUUAAUAGCAUAUUUUAAUGUGAGGUCUUGUCUGAAGGUGGACACAUGCCAUCCUUACUCUCAUCCGUCUACAUGCACCGAUAUGCCUUUGUUUAGUCUCAGAUUCUGUUUGAUUUGUCAGCUACUUUGAAAACGCUGUCAUGUUGUAACACAUCUGUAUUUAGUAAAACUUUGUGUGCUGUUUUUAAUGCAACACAUGACUAGAAACAUCUUGUUCUUUUGUAACGUGACAUGAAGCUUGUUGUGUGCCCCCACUCAACACAGCAGUUGUGCGAUCAGAGCCCUUUUAGGUGUGCAGGAAUUGGCCGGAAAGCCUCACCAACUGGUUCCCAGCAGUUUAUGAGUCAAUGUACAAUUUUAUCCUCUCUCCAAAUAAACGGUAUUUUCACUGAAA